AUGUGGCGGAAGGUGGCAAUUCUGUUUGCCCUUUUCAUUUUUGUCUCAUACUCCGAAGCCGUACAAAAUGGCCUUACCACCAGAUUAAAACGUUCGCCGCAUUACUGCGACUACCCUCCGCCGCCGCCGCCACCGCCACCGCCACCUCCACCACUGUUCUGGUAUCCGCCGCCGCCACCACCGCCGCCGCCGCCGCCGCCGCCACCACCACCACCGCCACGCUGGCCACAGUUCAUUCAGCCACAAGACACACACGAUGAGAAUAACUUCGAUGCUGGCGCUGGUGACGUGAGCGGUGGUGGCGCACCACCAUGCGAUAAAUGCUCUCAUCGGAACGUGGCCGUCAGCAAUGCCAACAGUGAUGGGGGGGAUGCUGUAGCUGUCGCCGUCGCCAAAAGCAAUAGCGGA